CACUGCUAGGUAACAAUGGAGAAGAUAAUGGCUGCUUGAGCAACGUCUCCGAGCCGGCGCUGGGCUAGACACUGGUCUCCAUCAGCAACUCAGGGGCGGACCCUAGAGCGGCCGCAGGGAAGACGCAGCAGAGCCCCGGCGCGACCACCGAGCCGAGAGAGGCCGCUCUUGGCAGAACACCGAGCCCUUUUUCCCUUACGCUGAUUAAUUUCAAGAUGGAGGAGACAGCCACGUUCCUUCUCUGGACAGUUUCACCAUACUUAUUCCACAGAGCAGAGUGUGAAGAAAACUAAAAUCCAGUUUAUAUUAUUUCAGUACUAUGCCAUAACAGUCAGAUAUUUUUCCACUUGUUCAUCAAGAUGGAAAGCUCAGAUUCUAACGAUAAAGGAAGUGAUCAAUCUACAGCACAGCGCAGAAGUCAGAUGGACCGAUUGGAUCGGGAAGAGGCUUUCUAUCAGUUUGUGAAUAAUCUGAGUGAAGAAGAUUAUAGACUUAUGAGAGAUAACAAUUUGCUGGGCACCCCAGGUGAAAGUACUGAGGAAGAGUUGCUCCGAAGACUACAGCAAAUUAAAGAGGGUCCACCGCCACAAAACUCGGAUGAAAAUAGAGGUGUAGAGUCUUCAGAUGAUGUGUCCAAUGGUGACUCUAUAAUAGACUGGCUUAACUCUGUCAGACAAACUGGAAAUACAACCAGAAGUGGUCAGAGAGGAAACCAAUCAUGGAGAGCAGUGAGCCGGACUAAUCCAAACAGUGGUGAUUUCAGAUUCAGUUUAGAGAUAAAUGUUAACCGUAAUAAUGGAAGUCAAACCCCAGAGAAUGAAAAUGAGCCAUCUGCAAGACGUCCUAGUGGAGAAAAUGUGGAAAACAACCAAAGGCAUGUAGAAAAUCCAGCAUCUGAAUCAACAUCUGUCCAACCAUCUAGGUCAGAACGAAAUUCAACUGAAGCAUUAACAGAAGUGCCAUCCACCAGUGGUCAGAGGAGGGCGAGAAGCCGGAGCCCAGAACAUCGGAGAACCAGAGCAAGAGCUGAAAGAAGUAGGUCUCCGCUGCAUCCAACAAGCGAAAUUCCACGAAGAGCUCAUCAUAGUAUCUCAUCUCAGACUUUUGAGCACCCUUUGGUGAGCGAGACUGAGGGAAGUUCCAAAACCCGGCACCGUGUGACCUUGAGACAGCAAAUAACUGGGCCCGAGCUGCUAGGUAGAGGCCUUUUUACAGCUUCUGGGGCAAGAAAUGCCUCUCAAGGAACAGGUUCUUCAGACACAGCUAGUAAUGGUGAGACAACGGGAUCAGGACAGAGACCUUCAACCAUAGUCCUUGAUCUUCAAGUAAGAAGAGUUCAUCCUGGAGAAUAUCGGCAGAGAGAUAGCAUAGCUAGCAGAACUCGGUCAAGAUCUCAGACACCAAACAACACUGUCACUUAUGAAAGUGAACGAGGAGGUUUUAGGCGCACAUUUUCACGUUCUGAGCGGGCAGGUGUGAGAACCUAUGUUAGUACUAUCAGGAUUCCCAUUCGUAGAAUCUUAAAUACUGGCCUGAGUGAAACUACAUCUGUUGCAAUUCAGACCAUGUUAAGGCAGAUAAUGACAGGUUUUGGUGAGCUGAGCUACUUUAUGUACAGUGACAGUGAUUCAGAGCCUAGUGCCUCAGUCCCAAGUCGAAAUAUGGAAAGGGCAGAGUCACAAAAUGGAAGAGGGAGCUCUGGUGGUGGUAAUGGUUCAUGUUCCAGCUCCAGCCUCAAUCCCACUUCCAGUGGCGAAAGUUCAGAAAGUAGCUCAGAGGUAUUUGAGGGCAGUAACAAAGGAGGCUCCUCUGCCUCAGCAGGUGCCAGGAGAGAUGGCCGACAUAGGCCUUCCGUCACAUUUGAUGAAAGUGGCUCUUUGCCUUUCCUUAGUCUGGCUCAGUUUUUCCUCUUAAAUGAGGAUGAUGACUAUGAUGACGAUAAUGACGACCAACCUAGAGGACUCACCAAAGAACAGAUUGACAACUUGGCAAUGAGAAGUUUUGAUCAAAAUGAUGCUUUGAAGACAUGUAGCAUUUGCAUUACAUAAUAUACAGAAGGCAACAAACUUCGUAAACUACCUUGUUCCCAUGAGUACCACCUGCACUGCAUUGAUCGCUGGUUGUCUGAGAAUUCUACCUGUCCUAUCUGUUGCAGGGCUGUCUUAGCUUCUGGGAACAGAGAAAGUGUUGUUUAAGAUCUGAACUCUCAGCUAUGGAGCUAGAAUAGUGAUAGGCAAACAGAAAUCACUUGCUUUCUGUCCACUUUUUGAGUGGUGCUUCAACAUAAAGUU